CGACAGCACAGCAAGAAGCUGCAAGCGUUAAGCCCACCUCACCGACACCGUCCACCUCGACGGCAGUUGCGGCUCCGCGCCGAAUAUGCACCUUGAAGGUGAAAAUCUUUCUCAUCAAGCAUCUGUCUAAGCUGGUCGCUUGUAACAAGAAAAUGUUCCUGCCCGUCAAAUCCAACACGUCUCCGGUAGGCAACGGUGAAACGGCCAACGGUGGCGAAGAUGUCACCACUGUAACAUGCAACUCCACGCAAACCCCCAGCGAUCUCAGCCCACCGAAUAUGUCCGGCGACGACAUACUGCCACAGGCCCACCACCAAAACCCUGGCCACUGCAUAGCUUCCUUCUCCGCCAUCAACCGCAUGCGACAGAAUGCACAGCUUUGUGAUGUUACGCUGGAAGUCGGGGGUGAAACAAUCAAUGCCCACAAAGUCAUACUAGCUUCAGUUUCACCGUACUUCUACGCCAUGUUCAACGAUGACAUGCUCGAGCGAAACUGCGACGUGGUCACGCUGCACGAUAUUGACCCAUCGUCGCUGAAGCAGCUCAUCGAGUACGCGUACAGUGGCGAAAUUACCAUCACCGAGGACAACGUGCAGGUUCUUCUCCCAGCCUCGAGCCUGCUGCAGAUCCAAUCGGUCCGGGAAGCGUGUUGCAAAUUUCUGCUUCGUCAGCUACAUCCCUCAAACUGUCUGGGAAUACGAAGUUUCGCAGAUGCUCACUCGUGCAAGGAACUACACUCCCGAUCCCACCGGUACGCGCUGCAAAACUUCCAGCAAGUCGUCGGCACGGAAGAGUUUUUAUUGCUAGGAUUUAAUGAGGUUCAAGAUCUAAUUUCGAACAGCCAGCUAAACAUCUGCUCGGAGGAAAAAGUAUUCAUGGCCGUGCUGAACUGGAUCAAGCACGAUCUGAUCGAGCGCAAAAAGCACAUAUCCGAGCUAAUGUCACACGUCCGGCUGCCGCUGGUCAGCCGCGAGUUUCUCAUGAACUGUGUCGAAACGGAAGCGCUCGUGCGCGAAGAAUCGCACUGCAAAGAGCUGCUGCUGGAAGCGAUGAAGUACCAUCUGCUGCCGGAACAGCGCAGCUCGCUCGUCAGCCAGCGGACGCUCGAGCGCCGCCCGGAGGGUAUGCGAUCGUACAUAUUUGCCGUUGGCGGUGGUAGCCUGUUUGCGAUUCAUAAUGAAUGCGAAUGUUACAAUCCGAAGACGAACGCUUGGAUGACCAUAUCACCGAUGAUAUCAAGACGUUCGAGGGCCGGUGUAACUUCGUUGAGGAAGCUACUGUAUGUGGUCGGUGGUUAUGAUGGCGAAAACGAUCUGGCGACGGCCGAAUGCUACAAUCCGCUCACGAACGAAUGGACCAACAUUACGCCGAUGGGUACGAAACGGUCCUGUCUGGGCACGUGCGCGUUCGAUGGGUUGCUGUACGUGUGCGGUGGGUAUGAUGGUGCGUCGUGUUUGAGCAGCGUCGAGCGUUACGAUCCACUGACCGGUGUGUGGACAUCCUGUCCGGCUAUGAGUACCCGGCGGCGCUACUGUCGGGUGGCGGUGCUCGAUAACUGCAUCUAUUCGCUGGGUGGGUUCGAUUCGAGCAAUUAUCAGUCGUCGGUCGAGCGGUUCGAUCCACGUGUGGGAAGUUGGUCGUCCGUACCGAGCAUGACGUCGCGUCGCAGUAGCUGCGGUGUGGCGGCACUCGAUGGUUAUCUGUACUGUAUCGGUGGUAGCGAUGGUACGAUGUGCAUGCAGACUGGUGAACGAUUCAAUCUACGCACCAACGCCUGGGAACCGAUCAGUGCAAUGCACUCCAGAAGAUCGACACACGAGGUAGUGGAGGCAAAUGGUUUCCUGUACGCGCUCGGUGGCAACGAUGGCUCCUCGUCGCUCAACUCGGUCGAACGGUACGAUCCAAAGGUUAACAAGUGGACCAUCGUCACGUCCAUGCUUACCAGACGGAGCUCCAUCGGUGCAUCGGUGCUGGAGUGUUUCAAUCUCGAGCGUGGACUGCUUCAAACUAGUAUUUGACCACUGAACUGUUC